GUGAAGGGUGCAAGGAGAAUUUAUAACGUAUAGCCAAUGGAGUCUCUGUGCUGAUAACGUAUUUACAACGUAUGUACGCCGACCAUACCAUGAUAUCGAAGAUUACGCCCGUUAAAGCUAUACGCUUUAUAAGAAUCAGCGUGGCAUUGGUGUGCGCCUGGCCACCGUCACCAAAAUUAACAAAAUCUUUUACCUUUUUCAAAGCUAGCUGGUGUAUGUGUUACUUCAGCAGUAUCUUACUAUUACUUCCGCUGCUGAGGUCAAUUUAUGAGUAUCGUGACGAUCCUGUGAUUUUAGCAAAGUCAGUUUGUCUCUCUUGUGCGGUGCUUCAAGUCACGAUCAAAAUGAUGGUGUGUCUUGUACAGUAUACUUCUUUUCAAGUGCUGUAUCAUGACAUGGAAAUGUUUUGCAAGCAAGCGGAUGAUAAGACAAGUAUUACUUUGCAACGUUAUGUUGACGAUUACAAGUAUACAUAUGGUACCUAUACGUUAUGGUGUUAUCUGGCCGCUAUUGGCGUCAUUUGUGGACCGUUAAUUCUUCCGCAACAAUUUCCGACUGAUGCAAAGUAUCCAUUUUCUGUGGAACAGCAACCAGUAAAAAGUAUUAUCUAUUUACAUCAGUCAUUAGUCGGCUUACAAGUCUCGGCUGGAAUGUGCAUAGAAUGCAGUAUUGCGAUGCUUUUAUUCUAUUCCGCAGCAAGAUUAGAAUUAUUGAUUCAAAAGAUGCGCAAUGUCGAAACUGAGUGCGAACUCGAUGCAUGCAUCAAGUUGCACAAUGAAAUAUUAAGAUACAUCGACAAGAUAAUUCACGCUGUGUGGCCUUUGGUUUUGACUACAAUAACAACAACAACUAUGGGUGUUGUCUUUGGAAGUUUAAAUAUGGUUACUGACCAACCAAUAAUAGUCAAGAUUCAAUAUGCCAUCGUAGUGUUUAGCGCUAGCGUGGAACUUUUUAUGUGCGCUUUUCCAGCUGAUAAUUUAAUGCAUAUGAGUAACAAAAUUUGUUUUGGAGCAUAUGAGUCGAAGUGGUUUCAAGGAAGUGUAAGCAUGCAAAAAAAAGUCCUUCAAAUCAUUUUUAGAUCACAGAAACCUGAAGUUAUUCGAAUUAAUGGUAUUCUUCCAGCUUUAUCAUUACGUUAUUAUGCAGGGUUUUUGUAUACAUCCUGUUCAUAUUUUAAUGCGGUACGUAUAAUGGUCAACGAAGAUAUUAUAGAUUAAUCCGACGAAAAAUGUUUCGAAACACGUGGUAAAGUAUCUAUAUUUAUUAAACUAGUAUUUUAGUAUUUUUUAAAAAUUAAAC